UCCACGUAGGUAACUCCAAAUCCACAAAAAAAACAAACACACACCCAGAAUUUCCCUCCAUUUCGUCUCCCCUUCCCUCAACCGUCACCUUCCUUCUCUCUCAUCCUUCGGCUGCACAAUGACCUCCAACCCGGGCCCACCAAGAACGGUCCAACCGGGUAGGAUUCGGGUUCUAAAAGCGGGUUCAAACCCGAAUGGGCCGGUGGUAUACUGGAUGUUCAGAGAUCAACGGGUGAGAGAUAACUGGGCAUUAAUCCACGCUGUUGAUGAAGCCAACAAAAGAAAUGCUCCAAUUGCAGUUGCAUUUAACCUUUUUGAAAGUUUUAAGGGUGCAAAUGCCAGACAUUAUGGCUUCAUGUUGAGAGGUUUGAAGAAUUUGCAAGCUUCUUUGUACAAUUCCCUUAAUAUCCCUUUCUUCCUUUUUCAGGGAGAUGUUAUAGAGAUGAUACCAAAUUUUUUGGUAGAAUGUGGGGCUUCUUUGCUGGUGACUGAUUUCACACCGUUAAGGGAGAUUCGAGGAUUUAAAGAUGAAAUUUGUAAGAGAGUGGGUGAUUCUGUGUCUGUACAUGAAGUUGAUGCUCACAAUGUGGUACCUAUUUGGGAAGCAUCAAGCAAGUUGGAGUAUGGGGCUAGGACUAUUAGGAGUAAAAUAAAUAAGUUGCUUCCUACUUAUUUGAUUGAUUUUCCAACCCUUCAACCUCCAAGUAGGAGAUGGGCUUCUUCACCUCCUGCCAUAGAUUGGGAUCAGCUCAUUGAAGAUCGUCUCAAAAAGGGAGCAGGGGUGCCAGAAAUUGGUUGGUGUGAACCUGGUGAAACUGCUGCAUUGGAAGUUUUGAAGGGUAGCCAGAAUGGGUUUUUAACAAAAAGGUUGAAGAACUAUUCUACUGACCGGAAUAACCCAUUAAAACCAAGGGCCCUAUCUGGACUCUCUCCAUACCUGCAUUUUGGCCAAAUAUCUGCUCAACGUUGUGCCUUUGAGGCACGUAAUGUCCGGAAAGUUGCUCCUGAGGCAGUUGAUGCGUUUUGGGAAGAAUUAAUUGUCCGUCGAGAACUUGCUGACAACUUUUGCUAUUAUCAACCUCACUAUGACUCGCUUAUGGGAGCAUGGGAGUGGGCACGUAAGACAUUGAUGGAUCAUGCUGCUGAUAAGAGGGAACACCUGUACACGAGGGAGCAAUUGGAGAAGGCACAAACUGCUGAUCCGCUAUGGAAUGCUUCUCAGUUGGAGAUGGUUCAUUUAGGCAAGAUGCAUGGAUUUAUGCGCAUGUACUGGGCAAAGAAAAUACUUGAGUGGACAAGCGGACCUGAAGAAGCCCUUGCGAUAGCGAUCUACUUGAAUGACAAGUAUGAGAUAGAUGGUAGAGACCCAAGUGGAUAUGUUGGCUGCAUGUGGUCUAUUUGUGGAGUGCAUGACCAGGGAUGGCGAGAACGCCCAGUAUUCGGUAAAAUUCGUUACAUGAACUAUGCUGGCUGCAAAAGAAAAUUCGAUGUCGAUGGGUAUAUUGCAUAUGUGAAGAAGUUAGUUGUUGAGACCAAGAAACGAAAGGCUGAGACCGAGAUCCCAUCUGGUAGGAAGGAGAAAGAACCUCGUUGCUGAUACUGAUACAGUGAUACUGCUGUUCGAGUGCAUUCAUUUAGGCCAGGGUAUUUGCUUAUUGUUAUGUGACAAUCUAGACUUAGGGUAUGCCUCAUUUUCUUUGGCAGAAAGAUUAGUUUAGAGCUUUAACUUCUUAGCAAUUUAAAGCGGAUGAAGCGCUAAUGCCUAAUAGUGUAGUUGACUGGCUAGCAGCACCACUUGAGCUAGUUACUUGCUCGCCUAGAUGAGCUAUCAGAUGGUAGCCCUGCAUACAGGGAUUGCUUAGUGACUUUUAACUAAACUGGUAAUUUGUAAAGAAUGGAUGAGAUCAAAGAUUUCUUCUUUUGGGCGAAA